GCAGCCUUGUGCCAAUAGAUUUGUGGGAUGGCAACAUUUCAUGCUUUCUAUGUACAACCUGCAUGCCCACCACCUAUUCCUAGCCAAUAGUGUCAUCUGUUGAUGACAUGGUCCAGUGUCGUUUCGGCGCCUACCCUAGGUACCGGUCCAAGGAAGGAGUUUACCAACAUGCAAGUAUUCCUUCACAUCACUGUGAGCGCUGCACGCGCGGACUAACUCGUCCGUCACGUCCCUCGUGUGUGAGUUCAGGUAUAAGUAGGCGACAGUGUCCCUCGAAGCGACCACCUCCGCCAUGUAAUUCCUGGCGCACUAUGAUCUUUUCCUCCGAUCUUUUGAAAAUAUCCACGUCGCCAACGCAGUGCAUCACUUCUUGACUGUCCCUUUCCAACCAUUUUGACUGUUCCUUCCACCAUGAGUGGCGGUCUGGCUGCAUCUGCUAGCUCGUUGGCGGGAAUCAAUUAUGCCUUGGAGGGCGAUCACCUGCCAAUCCAAAAGCAUAGGUUGGAAGAAAUAGCAAGGAUCAACAAGAACCGCGAGCCCCGCAAGGACGAGUUCAGUAAAAAGACCGUCGCAAAGACCGCUGCAGCACGCCGGCGUGCACUCGAAGAAUGUGCAGACUAUUUCAAGAGGACAGCGCAUAUUGAUCACAGGCAGAUCUGGUAUGGUCUCUGUCUAGACGACACCGAAGCCGAGGUGCAUUGCAUGAACUUCCUCGAGGACUAUGUCACGAAUGCUAAAAAGCGGGUGGUCCUUACCGGAGAACACAUGGACUUGGAGGAAGUGCGCUCCAUUACGUCUGCGAAGUCCGUCGUUCAGUUCUGGGAUACCCUUAUUGGCGAGGCAAACUCCACAGUCUUGCAGGAGAAGCGGGAUCAAGACCCUAAGAACAGGACCAAGUGGGUGCUGAGUAAUUCUGGCAGGAAGCCCACCGCUGGGUACGCCGGUGCAGUAUCUAGGAUUCGCAAGUGGAUUCAGGAUACUCUGGCUGAUAAGCUAAAUCUCACGCUUCACCAAACCUUUGAAAAGAAGGAGGCCACACCUGAUGAUAUCAUGAUGGUGAUCAACACGAUCUGGAACAACCCGCGGGACAUCGAUAGAGAUGAGCGGCUCCGCGUGGCCUUCCACUCGACCAUCUUGAUUGGGGCUCUAGGCGGCUUUCGGCCUGGAGCUAUAGAGUGUCUGAAGUACAAGGACAUUGAUGUGGAGAUGAUGAAUACUUCUAACGGUCGUGCCCUUACUGCGAAAACCAAAGUCAAUCAGAACAAGUUGAGAACUGGCACAUGUUCCAAAGGCCAGGCCGAAUUCGUCGACUUCUCCGCGACCUUUGUCCCCGAAAAGAGAAUUUGCGUGGUCAGUCUGAUUGUAGCACGGGCGCUUGCCGAUCAAGCGUUCGACGCAGGGUACCAGUCAUUCGAAGAAGUGCUGAAUCGUCCCAAUUUUGACGGUACCCAUUGGGUUCCAUUGCGAUGGAAAACAGAGAUGCUGGAGAGACCAAUCUUUCCAAUAAAUUACAACCAAUUCGUGGAGAUCUGGAAUCGAGCUUGGCUUGUAAGCGGAGCCCGUGACCAGGUUCGUCUUUACUCCAUCCGAGUGGGGACGGGCGGUCGCAUAGACGAGCACCAUUCGAACGCAAUUCGAAAUUAUGUCAUGUCAAACACAGAUCGGGUUUACGAGUGCAGUUACCUCCCUCGGCACCUGAAAAUCGACCUCCUCAAGACCAAUUUUGCUGCCAGUGGUACGGCCGAGAAUAGUGAUGAAAUAUUUGAGAUGCUCCGCCGCGCCAGUCUGAAGAGCGAUCCGAAUGCACCGCUCUACCCAACGCACGAGGACAUCGAAAAGGUGAAACAAGGACAGGUCUUCCGCGACCUUCAGGCUGCUUAUGAUCAGGUCCGAAAAAUAGCCUCAAGCAAUUCGCCAGGUGUGAAGAGAGCCCGCGCGCGGGUGUACGCCCACCUCAACAGGGCUAAAAAAGUUAUUGUGAAGAGGAGGCGUGAGGAGUAUUUCACCCAAGUCGACCGCCUACGCGCUUCUGGACGCUCUGCAGCAGAGCUUGCAUCCGAAUCUCAGGAGGUUAUCCCUGAGACCAAGUCCUGCUCGCUUGGCGCAUCUAGAGCGAUUGGCAAAUUUCUAGAGCAACCGGAGCUAGGCGGAGAGAAACGACAGCACUACUAUGUGGAGGUAAUCUGCGCCUACUUGACUUUGCGGCCUGCCAGCGUUGAGUACCUUGUUGGAGCACUGUCCACGGAAGGUAUGGGCAGUGGUGAUCAGGAUGGUGACAAGACUGUCCGUGACGUACGGCCGGAGCCUUUCACGAACGGCAACCCGACCCACUGCCUGCUCGGCUGUGAGCAAAGCUUCACACGCCGUAACAGCCUGACAAGGCACGUCAUGCAGAAUCACGGAGUCACAUUCGGCCUCCAAUUCGAAUGUCCGGAAUGCUUGAGGCUGGGAAUCCGGCCAGCCGCUUUGAUUGGAAGUGUUCUCGAGUGGAGCAUCCACGUUGAGAUGUGCCAUGGCAAAGGCUUUGCACCCACCAUGGAUGCGGAAAGGGCCACCCAGAUUACGUCGCACAGGGCCCGCAAUCACCUGCCCAAAGAACUGGCUCGCUGCCUGAUUUGCAAUGCACAUUUCUGCACCGGCAGUGGUUUCUCGCGGCAUUUUCACAAUCGGCACAUAGGAAAGGAUCUCUCGGCACCACUCCCCUGCCCCGAAUGCCAUCGCCAAGGCAACUCUGACAUUAUCUGGGUCAACGGCGUGGAGGAAUGGCUACAACAUUCACGGGUGAUACAUGCCUUUGACAGCAUAAGAGGCGUCAAGAUGUCCCAGGACGAUGCGGAUCCCGAACUGCUUCACAUUCCAAAGGAGUCGAGGGUCAAAUCAAGCUGGGGAAAGACAAGCCGUCGUCCGAUCACUCCGUCUGAGAAGGAGAAGAGAUUAGAAAGGCGACGCAUACAGCAGAGGGCCUACAAGGAGCGGCUCCGUCUGAGGCAGAAUGCUGCUAAGGAACCCGGCUCUCAAUGCGGCUCUCCUUCCGACGCCCCUCAAGCAAUCACUCAUUUGGCGGAACGGCGCUCGCGUAGGGUUGUGGAAUCGAUCCAGACCUGGGACGGCUCCGAUGAGACAUCUCAGUGCGGCGAUGAAUUUGCAGAGGAUAGCGAUGACCCAUUCGACGCCGGUGAUAUGACUAAAGCAUCGGAUAGCGAUACGCUAUUUGAGGAUGGAGUCAUGCCUGGCCUGGGAAAUAUCCUCUCAGAAAGCUUGUCUUCCGACGAUGACUUCCUGGAAAAGUCGAACGACAUCGGCGCAUCGCACUCUACUAGCAGAGCACAGCCUUUGGCCUUUAAUGAUGUCUAUGACGAUCUCUAUCCCGCCAACAUUCUGAGUAGCGAUAAUACUUUUGCCGAAAAUACCGACUAUGGAGAGCCGAUGCUUCAGACGCCAACCCGUUCAGAGGGAAUUUUGCCGCCUGCCGUCGGCACAGAUCUCCACCAAGCCUUUGAUGAGGCUAUGUUCCAGUGCGGCAAAGGCGACUCGCCCUCUGAGACUGAGCCAUAUGGUGCUAUCCCCUGGAUGAUUUCUACAGACAGCGGCCAAGAAUUGCCAUCCGAGCAAGUUUCCGGCUGCGUGGCGGACGCACCGAAGCCAGACACAGCGGCAGUGGGCACUUUGAAUGUCUCUGAAAACUUUUCGUUCUUCACAACGUCGCACAGACCCAAAAGAAAUGUUCCCGUAUACUUCUCCCUACGGGAACUUUAGCGACGGAGGUCACCACACAGAUUUCGCACCGCCUGUCCUGCUUUGCCUACAUCGAGCUGGCCGUGGAGGAAGUUUAGUUGAGCUGGAAAUGAAAUGGUGAAUUGUGCUAUGUAUUCUAGGUUAUGAUGCGCACGCAAUCUACACUCAAUUGAUGUCCCCG